AUGGUUUGCUUGGCCCUGGCCCCCUCCCAGUUGGCGCAUGAGUUAACCAUACCACCAUUUGAGCAGAAGUUCAAAACACCAACGCAGCAGACUCCCGAUAUCUCUUGUUCUUUGGAUAAAAUAACAAAGCUGAGUCAUCACAUUGUGACCCUGACGGGGCAAUCAUUGUCAUCCAUACGCGACAGGCAAGAUGGCAGUGGACUACCUGCGUCCGGUGUUAUUGAUGAUAUGAUUUGCCUGCAACACAUGCUCUCGGCAGAGCUUUCCCGAUUAUAUGCCGCGCUGGACCGCGAUGAGAAAUAA